UGAAACUCCAAAGCUUAGCUAAGCAAAUCAGUAACAGAAGAGAGAGAGAGAGAGAGAGAGAGAGAGGCGCAUGGGUGCAGACUACUACAAAAUCCUUCAGGUGGAUCGGAACUCCAGCGACGAUGACUUGAAGAAAGCCUAUCGCAAGCUCGCCAUGAAAUGGCACCCCGACAAAAACCCUAACAACAAGAGCCAAUCCGAAGCCAAAUUCAAACAAAUCUCCGAAGCCUACGACGUUUUGAGCGAUCCGCAAAAGAGAGCAAUCUACGAUCAGUACGGAGAAGAAGGAUUGAAAGGACAGGCCCCGCCUCCGCCUGAUUCCGGCGGCGGAUAUGCCGGCGGCGGUGGCCCGUCGUUCCGAUUCAAUCCUCGGAGCGCGGAUGAUAUAUUCUCGGAGUUUUUCGGGUUUUCGAGCCCGUUUGGAGGAGGGAUGGGGGACAUGGGAGGAGGAUCGCGCGCUGGCGCAUCGUCGGGGUUUCCUAGGAGUACGUUUGCAGAGGAAAUAUUUGCCAAUUAUAGGGGUGCUGGUGGAGGUGGUGGUGAUGGGUUUGGUCAUAAUAUGCCGCGGAAGGCGGCGGCGAUAGAGAGGACAUUACCUUGUAGUUUGGAGGAUUUGUACAAGGGGACUAGUAAGAAGAUGAAGAUUUCUAGAGAGGUGGUCGCUGAUGCCAGUGGGAGAUCCACCACAGUGGAGGAAAUUAUUACCAUCGAUAUCAAGCCAGGUUGGAAAAAAGGAACAAAAAUAACUUUUCCAGAGAAAGGAAAUGAACAAAGAGGUGUUAUACCCUCCGACCUGGUCUUCAUUAUUGAUGAGAAGCCUCACAGUGUCUAUAAAAGGGACGGCAAUGAUUUAGUUAUCACCCAGAAGAUCUCCCUCGUGGAAGCUCUGACAGGAUACACUGCACAGAUUGCAACCCUUGAUGGCCGAAAUCUGACGGUUCCUAUCAGUGCCAUCAUCAGUCCCACCUACGAAGAAGUUGUAAAAGGGGAGGGCAUGCCAAUACCCAAAGAACCAUCGAAAAAAGGGAACUUGAGGAUUAAGUUCAACAUCAAGUUCCCCAGCAGGCUAACUUCAGAUCAGAAAACUGGCAUUAAGAGAUUGUUGACUUCCUGAUGAACAUUAAUGGUAGUGCCUUGUACUGAUCUCGAUGUAAGCUUACAGUUUUCUUCCUUGCUUGGCUUUAUGAUGGAAACGAGCUAAUCCAUUAUUGCUGAAUUGUUUUUUAACUGAGACAGGUAUUUGUUAGUAUUGUAUCUGUUUUUGUUAAUAUUGUAUCUGCUUUACAUGUUAUUUUAUUGAGAAAGGUUACAUCCUUUGUGGUUC